CGGUUCGGUGUAUUUAUUCCACCUAAAUGCCUGUCGAGGAUCGCAGUUGCGUAAUUGAUUAAGCGUGACAGUACAUACAACAUACCGUAUUUGCACCUACGUGCCGCGGCCGUACUUACAUGUACAUGCGCUAUGACCUUUUGUUGGGGGGAUUUGUGAAAUCUGUAUGGCGGUGACGUUUGGGACGCUUUGACGUGACUGUUGUUGCUCUUCGAACUCUACUCGUACCGUGUUGUGCACGUUCAAAAUGCGUCCAGCUUUGCGCUUUUGCAGGAUUAAUAGCGCUGUAGUCGCGUACAUUGUGUUUACGAUUAACUGUACGUCUGUAUCUUAAAAUUCCUGAAUUUCGAUCUACGUAUUGCAGACUCAAUAGUAUUUUUGGGUCUAUUACUGUUUCGCCGUUUCAUAAAGCGCGUUCUGAAAAUUUUGAGCGAAUUAUUUAGCAAUUGUUCUCGUUAGUAAUUUAUUUAUAUUAUAACAGCUGUAUUUUUUGACGCGCCGCUAGCAAUGUUUCUCAUGCGGUUGUUGAAUAGUUAUUCCAACGAUAUGAUCAAUGUUGCCAGUCAGAAUCCAGAUUUAUUCUAUUUAUCAGAUGAGAGCGCUCGGGGAUUUACCAAUUCGCUGGAUGUUUCUCCGGUGGCAGCGAAGUUUGAUGAGAUUCGCUCGUACAGUUUCGGAAGUGCCACUCAGUACAUUCGUGAUCGUGAGCGGGAUGGAGUUGGACGGAACAUCAAUCUGAAUGUAAUUCCGCCCUUCGUGCUGCCCACUCGGGACAACUGUCCUAUUUCUCCUGGCACUCGCAAACGGAUGAGCCUGCAGAACUUUGGCACCAUCAACCCCGCCUUGUAUUCACAAUCGGACAGCGACGAAAAUAUGUCAUUUCCGGAAGGGCAUCAGGGCCGGCUGUGGUUCCAGCUUGCUUAUGAACGUGAUUCGGAGAAGCUCAUUUGCACCGUGGUUAAAGCCAGAAAUCUUCCCUGUCGAGCGGAUAAGUCGCAGUGUGAUCCCUUUGUCAGACUGUCAUUGCUUCCGGAUGAGCGCCGAACGCUGCAAACCAAAGUCAAACGCAAGACCUGUGAUCCACGCUUCGAGGAAUCAUUCGUAUUUCCGAUUUCCGCUAAAACCAUCAACGAACGCAUACUGCGUUUCAGUGUCUAUGACAUUGAUCGCCGGAAAAAACAUGUGCUUAUUGGACACGCAUUCCACUCCCUGUGUGACUUUAAUGUCGCCCUGGAACAUUUUCCGGUUACCUGGAAGGAUCUCCAUAAAGAAGCCACUGAGGUUGAAAACAGUAAUUCAGUUCGGGGAGAACUGCUGGUGUCUCUUUGCUACAACGACGAUAUUCAACGUUUAACGGUCAAUAUUAUCGAAGGGAAAAGCUUGCAUAGUAAGGAGAAAGCUAGCGGCACAGAAGCCUUCGUGAAAGUGUCCCUGAUGCACCAAAGUCGCCUGCUCAAACGCUACAAAACCCAGCUGGUACAGUGCAAACCGGAAGACGACGGUGUUAUCAGCUUUUGCGAAUCAUUCCAGUUCAAGCUGCUUUCCCGAAUGUGCGAAGCAGUCAGUCUGGUCAUCCUAGCGGAAACACGCAAUAAGCUGACAAAAGAGAAACGUGCCGUUGGCCGGGUAAUUCUAGGCGGACUGAUGUUUGCUCGUGGAAAAGAACUGGAACAUUGGCAAGAAUGCAUGCAGAAAGAAAAAGAACAUGUGCAAGAAUGGCAUACUCUUGUUCAAAUGUAACCACAAUCCAAUGUA